AGAGAUGGCUCUCUCUUUAGAACCACCAAAAUCUGCGGGAGAAAUUAAAUCAGCCACAAGGAUAACUGGAGGACCAGCAACUCCUAGGAAAGGACCACCAAAGUUCAAGCAAAGGCAAACAAGACAGUUUAAGAGCAAACCGCCAAAGAAAGGAGUACAAGGGUUUGGUGAUGACAUUCCUGGAAUGGAAGGAUUAGGCACAGAUAUCACUGUCAUCUGCCCCUGGGAGGCCUUCAAUCAUCUGGAACUACACGAACUGGCACAAUAUGGUAUCAUUUGAAAGCAAGGACAGAAUCCUGUGUACUUUUUUACUGUGCUCCUCGGAAGAGUUCCAAAACCUCCCUGCCCUCCCCAAUCUAUAUCACCAGUGGCUUCAAAAGCAGAAAUGAGGCCAGGCGUCAAGGUUGUGCAGACACAACUGCAAAGAAAAGCAGAAUAGUAAAAACAAACUCUCCUUUUCAAACUCACAUUUCCUUUGCAACCAUACUUCACUUAAAACAUGAAGGAAUUUUCCUUAGAUGCAUCAAUCAGAAUUCUUGUCUCUUGUUAUUACCAAAACUGAUCAUUUUUCCACUUAUCUUCUUUGAUCCAGUUUCCAAAAACGGUAGCUAUAAACUGUACCUAUGGACAUAUUGCACGUGUACUAUUUUGCUUUUUCAAAAUACAUCUCUGUGGAAACAUUAUAUGGCACAUAUGCAAAUCCAUUCUGAUCAUUUUGAUUCUUUAAGCAUUGAACUUUGUAGGAAAACUAUGUAUGUGUGUGAUUCUGUAAAUGCGCAAGGUGGAAUUCAGAAAUGCCCAAAUCCCUCACACGUGCCUCCUUCUGAACAGGAGACUCACCCAAUACAACACUGCAUUCCUGCCAGUAUCUAUCAAGUUAAAUUACGUUUUCUCUCUGACUUAUAGGCAUGCUCCUGUUUAAAAUAGUUAAGCAUUUGAACUUCCUCGUCCCCUCAUCCCACAUCCCACCCUGAAAAUGAACUACUCAGGGACUCUUAGAAACGUUUAGGUUGCUAAGAGCUGUUUGUUAUAAGAGCUUGCUGGUGAGUUGCGUGUUUUGUGGGUGAAUGAUUUUAUUAUUUAGUGUGAUUACCCUUUAGCCAAGUUACCCGCAUACUUUAACACGUUCUCAAUUUAUUCAUUUUCAUCUUUUGUUUCUUCCCAUUGUUACUCAUUAACCUUUCAAUUUUAUCCUUGUUGUAAUUUAAAUGUUAGCUUUUAUAUCUUUUUUUUAUAUUUUGUCUCACAUCCUUCCAUUUUUAUGUGCUUGUCCCUUGCGUUGUUUGGUUUUACUUCACUGAAUUCAAAAUCUUCUUCUAUCACCUCUACAG